AGCCAAAAAAAUUCUCAGUAUGGAGUAGAAAUAAUUAGGACAGUUGCCAAACAUAAAAUCUUCUGUUUCUGCCUGAAAUAACUGGCAGUUUCUAUUCCUAGGUUAUUCAAUCAAUUCCCUCUUGUACAUCACUUUUACCUUUUACUCCAUCACUGCAUUUAUACCCCACCAAUACCAUACAGAUUGAAAGUUAGGUAAAAGAAGACUGGUAAAUAUGAACAUUAAUUCAAAUAAAUAAAUAAAUAAAAAUUUCCAACAGUAAUAUCCACAAUGCUCCUUUCGAUUCGUACAUACGAGUAAUAUUCGCGAUGCUAGGUGUUCUCGGUUUGAAACCAAAACAUCUCUAAAAGAAUUUCUUCUCUUCGAGUUUUACGAGAUGGACUUCGUUUUAAUCCAUGUUGGAGCCAUGGUUUCUACUCUUCUCUUCUUAGCCUUGCUCUGCAAUCUAUGGAGGAAACAUCCUCGCACUAAAUCGAACAAUGUCAAGAAAACCUCUUCUCCACCUCAACCAAUAGGUGCGUGGCCUAUUGUAGGCCACCUUCAUCUUCUAAAUUGCCAAAACCACAUAGCUCAAGCUCUAGCGGCACUUGCCGAUAAAUACGGGCCCACCUUCACUCUCCAGCUCGGCAUGCAAAGAGCGGUUUUCGUGAGCAGUCACGAAGCUAUCAAAGAAUGGUUCACGGUCAAAGAUAAGUUGUUCGCACAUAGACCGAAAUCUAGUGCAGGAGAACACCUAGUUUAUAAUAAUAAUUAUAAUAAUCAUGAAGCAGACUUUGGUUUCAAAGAUGGUCCGUAUUGGAGUGAAAUGAGAAAGCUCCUUUCUUUAGAAGCUAUCUCAAAACACUCGAACAAAAUCGGAGUUUAUGACGUUAUUAACACAAGCAUCGGAAGAUUGUACUUUGGAGCAAAAAGUGCGAGGCCGGUUAAAGUAAUAAUCAGGCAUUGGGUUGAAGAAAUGACUUCAGACAUAGUUGUGAGGUUGAUUGUUGGAAAAAGAUACGAAAUUGGAGAUCGAGCAAGUGAAGAAGAGAGUUUCAGAAGAUUAAUCAGAGAAGUUGCUGAGUUAUCGGGGCAAUUUGUGCCGUCUGAUGUGAUCCCGAUUCCGCUUUUGAGAUGGAUGGAUUUCGGAGGGAAGAUCAAGGACAUGAAACGAGUGUCGAAAGAACUGGAAUGCUUAAUCGAGGACUGGAUCGACGGUCACGAUUUCUUCGAGAAAAGACUCACGAGAGGUGAAGGUACAGAUGAUUGGUGCUUCUUAGAUGUGAUGCUUUCCUCAGUCGAUGACAGGUUCAAGUUUAUUGCACCACAGGAAACUAUCAUCAAAACCUUUGUAGUGAGUAUGAUGUCUCUGGUUCAAUCAUGCAUGCAGAAUGUCAUACUAGGAUUGGACACAACAUCUGUGUACCUGACAAGGUUGUUGUCAGCGGUUAUAAGCAACAAGGAAGUAAUGAAACUAGCACAAGAAGAGAUAGACAUGAAAGUAGGCAAGCAAAGAUGGGUGCAAGAAUCUGACCUGAACGACUUACCUUACCUCUACGCGGUCAUCAAAGAAACUCUGCGCCUCUAUCCGCCUCUCCCCUUAACCUUACCGCACGAGGCGUCGGAAAACUGCCAGCUCAGCGGCUAUCUCAUCCCCAAAGGCACUCAGCUGUUUGUAAACCUGUGGAAGCUUCACCGGGACCCACAGUUCUGGCCGGAGCCCGAAAAGUUUAUGCCGGAGAGAUUCUUGAAAGGCCAUAACGAAGAUGGUGUGGAUUUCAUCCCGUUUGGCUGUGGAAGGAGAUCGUGCCCUGGAGCCACAUUCGCUUUGCGAGUGGUUGGAUUUGCAAUGGCUCGAUUGCUUCAUGGUUUCGAUUUCGCUGCACCUGUGUGUAUGGAUGAAGGACUGUUUGACAUUACCACGGCAAAGGCAAAUCCAGUCGAAAUGAUGGUCAAUCCGCGGUUAUCUUCACAGCUGUAUGAGCAGUUGUGA